AAACGAACAUUUUGGUGUUGGGCUUUAGCGGAGACCGCGCUGGAGAGAACACCUCACGCCUUAGCCAUCUGGUCUUCACAUCGGACGGCUCAGAUCGACUGUUCAGUUGACCAUAAACCAAACCCAUAGAAACGCAACAGGGCCGUAGGCUGCUCUUCUCGGCUUAGGCCUUCAAAUCGUUGCGUUCUUCUUGUGAUGAACUUCGUCUAUUUGGGCGAGCUCGUGAUCGCCAUCCUUCUCCAUCUCUGAGCUGCUCCAGCUUUAGAUUGUUGGCUUCGAUUCGCUCCCCAAAACCGGAAGAUCCAUUCCUCGGGGGGCCAGACAGAGAUGCCGCCGUUCUCCUGCUCCCUUCCGGCCCCAAAUGGGUUCCCGCAAUCGAAGCCAGAAUCCUCGAACGUCGUCACCGUCGACGUGGGCGGCCAGGUUUUCCAGACCUCCAGGCAGACCCUUGCCCUCGCCGGCCCCGAAUCCCUCCUCUCUCAGAUGGCCUCCGAGCCGGCCUCCGGUGGGGAGCUUCCCGCCCGUUUCAUCGACCGCGACCCGGAGUUGUUCUCCGUCCUCCUCUCCCUCCUCCGGACGGGCAAUCUCCCCUCCAAAGCCAAGGCUUUUGACCUGCAACAUUUGAUCUCCGAGUCCCAGUACUACGGGAUUGAAUCCAUGUUGAUGAGUUCCCUCUCGAACCCGUCUCAAUUCGACGCCUUCAGCCUCGAGAAAUCAUUCGUCCUACCGCUGAAUGGCCGCGAUUCGCCUUCCGCUAUCGCCACUACGCCCUGCGGGUCCCUCCAUGUCGCCCAUGGCAGCAAAAUCACCUCAUUUGAUUGGUCCCUCGGGAAGAAGUCGACGAUCCUCACCCAAUUGACGGCAGUCGAUUCAAUGCUGGCGAUCUCGCCAGCUCUUGCUGCUGCGGGGGCGACUGACUUCUCGGGUCUGCAAAUUCUUGAUCUCGAAAAGGGGCAUGUGAGAAAGACCCUGAAUUGGGAGAAUGCCACCAGGUCUAGUUCCACUGUUCAGGCAAUUGGUUCUUCGCCCGAUUACUUGUUCACUAGCUUCGAAUCGGGUAGAAGAAACUCAAAUUCAAUCAUGGCGUAUGAUUUGGAGUUCUUCAAGCCUGUCGUAGAGAUUGCCCGUCACGAGAUAUUUGGAGCCGAGCUUUAUUCUGCCAUACCUGCGAAGAAGCUAAAGUGGGUCUCCGGCUAUAACCUGUUGAUGGCCUCGGGCUCCCACAGUGGGCCGUCGGGGGUGUUAGGUAACAUUAAAUUUUGGGAUAUUAGGUCGGGUAGUGCAGCUUGGGAGCUGAAGGAUGGAACCGAUUGCUUCUCUGAUGUUACGGUGUCUGAUAACUUAUCGGCUAUCUUCAAAGUCGGUCUCAAUUCAGGCGAGGUGUUCUUUGCAGAUUUUAGGUACCUGGGUGGCGGGAAUUCGUGGGUUUGUCUCCAAGAUUGCCCGAAACUGAUAAAUGGGAAGAAGGAAGGUGCAGCGUGUAGAAUUCAUAGCCAUGGGAACCAAGUGUUCUGCAGUAAAGGUGGGGAUAUAGAAGUGUGGUCCGAGGUCGUGAUGAGCUCUUUGAAGGGGAGCUUUGAUGGGUUGCCUGAACGAGUUUUCAGGAGGAAUUCUGUGGGGAGAGUUAAGGAUAUGGGAGGAGAUAGGAUUACAAAUUUGGCUUUUGGGGGGAACAAGAUGUUCGUCACAAGGAAGAAUCAGCAAUCGGUCGAGGUUUGGCAGAGUUCCGUGCGAGCAUUCUGAUGAUUCCUUAGGAUGUCGCGUGAUUUUUGUAGCUUAGGUUUUGCUGAGAUUCUUUUGUAAAUGAGAUCACAUUGCUUGUGCCAUCCAAUACUAGCGCUGCAGAAGACCGCGAUACAGUGCAUGGUUUAUGAACAAGAGCUGUACCCAACCGGAAAGCUUCUCGCUUUUGUAAGAUAUAUGUAUACCCUUGAAUAUAUUUGAUAUUGAAAAUGUUUCAGUUGUCUUAGUUCUUUACCAUUUGAAAUCAUCAUUUCUUCUUGUGGAA